GAGAACGCUGCAGAAACGACUCGUAGACUCUAAAAUGGCCAAAGAACAGGGAUUUUUCCAUACAUCGUACAAAACGUGGCUUUGUAAUACGGCGCUAUUUGCUCUUGUUUGUGCUGCUUUUACGGCUGGAGUUCUCCUGGGACCUAUCAUUUCUUCGCGAGGAAAAGACCAACUGCAAGAGGUUCGCUGUAACCGGGAUUCUUCAAUACAAAAACAAAACCCGAGCACGAAAUGUGUCUUGCCAAAGGAUCUUAAAACACUUAUGAACAAAUGGAAUCGCUCUUUAGAUGACCUGAUUGAAGAGAAAAUGGCUAACUUUUCCAAAGGGUCAAUAAAUCCUCUCAUGAGAAAACUCUCUAGAGCAAAAGAUGCUUCUACAAAGAAAGUACUUCGAGGUAAGAUAAGUCUCUUAGUUGUCUUAAUUUUUCUGUUCUGUUUGUCCCUGGAUUGUAUGAUUUUUCAGUAUCACAUUGAAACACUAUAAACGUUUGAAUCACCGAAUAUUGUUUCAAUCUGCAUGAGAUACAGAUGUAUCUUUUUAUACGCUGAAAAACGCCAAUGUUGUUGAGGUCUGUUUUUGCUCUCGUUUUAAUUCAUCCAGUUUUUCCGCAAGGUUUUCCCGUUUGAGGGUGUCAAAUCUAAGACAUGGAAUACUUUGUUAACUUCAGCGCGUUACAAAAAAAAAAAGGUCGUGACCAUCAAAUGUAAGCUAUGAGUGGCUAAAGUCUCCCGCUGUGCUUUUAGAUUUACAUUGAAAACGUAGUAGAACAAAAAUCCGUUUUUUUCUCCUUCAGUCACGGAAAGAGAUAGGUUCACGGCUAGGCGACUGACUCAAAACCAUCGCUGUUUUUUUCUUUGGUUAAAUCCCCUGUUUAAUGUCCUGUUCAUUUGAUACUAAGUGUGGAACUUUAACACUGGCACAGUCAGUGUGUUACGAUGAUUUUUUUCUUCCGUUUUGAGUUUUAGCUCUAAUCUGUUUGGUUUAUGCGCAUUCCAGGAGAUAAAGACUCUGCAGAAUGGGCUAUAGACCGUUGUCACCCAGGAAAUACGUCCUUUAAGGCUAUCCUCGGAGAGUAAAGGCUCCAUUCUUUAUCCCACGAAAACGUUCAAUCUUACCAGAACUGUCAAAAAUUAGUUUUCGUGAGGAGAUAUGAAGGCAUUCUUUCAUCCAGAGUUGAGGUCAUGGAGAAUCGAUGGACCCAAAACAAAUUGUUCGCGUCAAAUGCAAGAGUACUUAAAAACUAAAAACACGUAAAUCUUUAAGAAGCUUUUCUGGCGUGUGAUUAAUGUUCUUUUUUUAUAAACGGAGCCAGCGAAUUAUAAUAACGUUUUAACAACAGAUUUUCAGUACAAUUUCUUUCUUGGCAAGCAUACUGAUAUCUUGAUCGAAAUCUCUUGGAUAAAUACCAUAAUUAGUCCUACUUUACUAGAUCUUGGAAAUUUUUUUCUCGCGGUUAAACUGGUACUUAUUCAUCGCAUUGCAUCAGAAAAAUGGCGAAAUAUCCCAGCCACUACUUAAUUCACCGAAAUAAUUCUGUACUUCUGGAAGGGUUAAUUAAGAAGCAGAGGUUAACAAAAACACAGAGAUGUACAAUUAGCUUGGGCUACAGCUGAGUUUUUUUUCAGGGCGUGAAUAGGAGACAACAUGCACUUGUAAGUAAUCUACCAAGCUCUAUAAAUAACCGACCCGCUGACGGCUGUAGUUACGUAUGAUAAUUGUUUUUGUUUAUCCAAUUCAUUUCUUAUCUCUAACUUGUACCUCAUACCUGGAACAGACUAUUUGUUUUCAUCCGCUGCGCUACGCGAUUAAAUAGUCACGUUCACUACUGACAGGUACAGAGACUGAACUGGGAGAUUUUUCAUAUGGGGUAAAACACACCCUUUCUGAAAAAUCUGACUUCGCUUUGGGCACAUUUGUAAGAAGCUUUUUACUUGGCAGACCAUUCUUUUUCUAUACUGAACAGAUCGGGAAUGUUUCCGCAAGGUCUUAAGGCGUCGGAUUUGAGUAAAAUCCAAUUACUUUCACUUCUCUGGUGGCAAAGGUUUCUCGCUCUUUUUUGUGAACUUUGAACCAACAGGAAGUAUUAUUAAAGCAGUUCUUUUAUCCCCUGCAAAAUUCAGUAGUCCAAGGGGUACUCUUAGGAAUUCUAUGCUGGUGUAUGCCGCCCAGUUCUCCAAAUCCUUAUACCCCAUUUUAGAUCAAAACAUGUAAUUUUUCACACCUGUUCUUCUAAAAUCCAUACCGAUUUUCAAACACGGCUGCUCGGUUUGCGAAUAAAUGACCUUGUCCAAAUGAAGUCAACACCGACUGUUUAAGGAUUUAUUUUCUUUUCUAGUGGUAUUUGACAAAGAAUCUCACGUUCGGAGCUGAGACAAAUUCGUUUUUACGUUCUCACGGUUCCCUUUAAAGCUAUACCAGACUUCACUUCGAAUCCAAACGCGUUUUGAAACCAGGCCCUUGGUUAUAAACCAUACAGAUGGCAUAAAAGCAGAGUACCCCCCCCCCCCUUCCCCCGAAAUCCAGUGCGAAGGUCCUUGUCAAAAACAGAGAAAAAAACGCAUCGGAGAAUCUCGAUAAACAAUCAUCGUCCAAUUCUUGGCUUUAAAAUACUAAUUUCGAGAUCUGAAAAAAAGUAACUCGCUAACAAGCAAAAAAGGACCUGAAGAUCUGUUGGUGUAUUUCUUGAACCCGAUUUAAUAAGGUUUUUGUUGUUACAGAAAGGCAUGUUUCAGAUCAAAACAGCAACUGUAUUUAAUCUGAAUAAUAAUAGUAUUCGAUUGCAAAGUAAAAACUCUCGUGAGUUACAAGCGCGCUUGAUUUACGUCACGGAUUGCAAGCCGGACGAAAGAUUACUUUUACCACAAAUUUCGGAGCACUUCCUUUCUAACUUAUCGUGAGCAGUUAUGGAAUUGGCAUUUAGAACAACACGUUUUUAAUCAAAGGAAGUACUUGUUAAUAGCUUCCAAUAAUCAUAAUUUAGGUAGAUUUGAAUCACUUGUAAAUUUAAAAAAAAGACAAAACAAAACAACUAAGUCUAGACCAAAUAAUAACAUAUUAAACUGAUGACAAACAGGUAGAAAUAGUUGCCAUCUCUUGGAAGAAAGUAUUCUUAAGAAUAAAACGAGUUUUUUUGCACUAUUUCUGUUAAAAUCAUCACCAACGAAACAGCAAAGAAAUAAUUUAUUUGAUGAUAAGUCAGCUGUUUUCAAUAAUUAUACUGCUUAAAAUAUCAUCCCUUUAAAAUCGAUUACUUGCCAAAGGGAAGUAUUUCAAAAAAGCCGGUGCAAUCAUUCAUUAAGUGUUCUUGACAGCGGGAAAUGAGCUUUUUCCGCUCGGUCACUAAACAAGCGCAGCUUGUUAUCGACAUCGCCUGAAGGGAGAGCGUGCUGUUGUUAUCGCGUGAUCAAUGAAUUAUCAGUUAUCGGUGGUAGCGUGUGAAGGAGAAAAGCGUGCGCACGCAAUCCCGAUCAACCCUUCCAUCCAUAAGGCCAGUUCAUACGUCUUGCUUCUGCCGUGUCGCCGAACUCAGUUGUUUUCAGUGGGGUUCAACAGAAGCACGACUUCAAUUCAGAGUCGAACUUAAUUGGGAACGUAGUAUCAAGUCAGCGGUAAAUGAAGCAAAAAGUACACAUUUCCAAAAUUUAUGAAUUCACAGAAUUUAAUAUAGUUGGGCACUGCAUGUCAGCACGUCAAUUAAAUCACUGCCAUGCUGGAGUCAUGUAGCAUGGAAUUGACCUUGUCGAACUUCGUUGUUCCUGUCGAACCAAAUUCAAAACGUUAUCUACAGUUCUUUCUGCUGUACCGUUUUGUCGAACUUAAUUCUUGGCACGGCAGAAGCACAAUGCUUGGAACAGCGAGAAGAACGUCUUUUGAAAUGCAAUCUCUUAUUAUGGUCACUACAGACAGGGCAAAAAUCAAUUUUCGAUUGUUAAAACACUUGUACAAAACAAUGAACAUCAUCACAGGAAAGUGAUAAUCGAUACUUUUUGUUUUAAUGGCUGGUGACUUUGACAACAGUGUCUCAUUCAGUCUUUCUGCAAAAGUUAAUGAAAAACCAUUCUACGCAGCCAGGGUAUAUGAGCUUAUAUGGCUCCUGACGCAGCAGUUUAGAGACGUUACUCGAAAAGCAGGUCAUUUAUUGCUAAGGGUUUCUUUCAUAGGCCAACAACUCAGGGGAUUGGAGCCACUUACUAUAAGAUAUGCUGUGAAUGAAAAAAGACCAUGCUAGCACAGCAGUAAAACAGGGGCACCCAACCACUUUUAAAAAUAUCUUUUCGGAGAAGCAAAUAUUGCCUAGAAUGUUCUAUUACCUCAGGGCGGCCAAAAAAUUCUAUGUGGCCGUUCCAUUCAUGUACAAUUUUUGAAGCUUAUGCAAUAAAUUCGCUACGAUUUUCUCAAGUUUAAUUUGUCACAUUUCACUCCAAAGGUUAGACUAUUUUUCGUAGAAAAAAGGAAACCUUAAAUUUUCGGAUUAAAAAAUGUGAUGGAAAGAGGAAUCAGAAAAAUUGUCACUUUCGUAAUACGUGAUGUUACAUCUAAAAUUUAGAUGACAAGACUCAAGCUCCCCUAGGGUGACCGAACAGGUACAAAUUUUAUAGCGCCGCGUAGAGUGCAUUUCCAGAGAUCUAAAAUUACUCUUGAUAGGCUAAAAAGAGUUUUUAAUGUAUUUACGAGGAAACCGUCGCUGGAUGCCCCUAGUAGCAGGGAAGAAUAACCAAAGGAAUCAGUUACUCGAGCCCGAGGGGUUUGUGAUUUAAUUGACAGUAAAGAUGAUUUGCCGUACAUUAAAGCAAACAGACCAAAUGGACGGGAGUUUUACGUUAAUGAAUGCUUGUAUUUGAGGCAUUUUUUUGGAAUGUUUAAAACAGACUAAUGCGGUUAGAGACCCUUCCAUUGCGUGAGGCUAUAACAACAACGAUUUGUUAUCAUUGAAACUAGAUUUCUACUGCAAACUAUCACAGCUGGUCUGGUGAUAUAUAAUUAAAGACUGAUUACUGAAGUGCCUGUAGAGCUUAGUGGUGCGUGGUUUCCGUGUUGUUGAACUGUCUCCAACAAAAGCGUUUAAAAUUAUCAGCGUAGAAGAUUGCGGCAUUCAAGAAGUAACAAAACAACACGUGCGCCCCAAAUCUUUCUCUUGAAGUUUAUAAAAUUUACUAAGUAAGGUAAAAUCAUUGAAGUAAUAUGAAAGCAAAUGAAUGUCUUCCAGUUCCAAGCUACUUGCUUACUAUUAAAAAAAACCUUGACGGGGGAGGGACGGGGAUGCUUAUUGGAGAAGGGCGAUGGCGCUUUUUGAUGAAAAUACUACUGACUUGUUCCCAGUCGUCUUUAUUACGCGCACAUCGUGGGAUCUAGAGUUGUUUGAAGAGAUGAGGGAGAGCUAGAGGUGACAUACCUGGCACUCGCAUACCGCACGCCUUACAAAAGACGAUCGUUAACGAUUCAGGAUAUAAGGUAUUUUUACCUUACUAGGAGCCCGCAACACGUAGGGAGCAACUUCCAUACUAGGACCAUGUCACGGCGGGUUUACUUUUCGAUACGUUUUAGAGCGCUCUUUCUCGCCAGAACGGAAACUCCUCUCCGUCUAUAUGAGCGCAUUCGAAGUACAAGAUAUCAAAAAGAAACACUAAAUGACGUUAAAAGGUAAAAUAAACCAUUUUGAGGUCUGUAGGGUUUGCUGACAAGCUGGUUAGUGGGACUAUAUUCGCUCCAAAAUGGUUCUAAAAAUAAAUGUUUCGAUAAAAACGAAGUGACAUUAGUGCAUGAAAGUUUAUUGGCUCCCCACGGAGCAUGCGCAUUCAGAGUCAAUGCUUUCUGAACUGCUGGUCUGAUUCAAUACAGCAAAUUACACCCCGCUUAGCGUUAUUCUUAAUCAGGUCAUGAACCACAGCAUAGUGAACGUUAAUGCAUUUAUUUUCACAGCGAUGUUUAGCGCGAUACUUGCCAACUGGACAGCCAAGUUUUCAGAACAUCUCAACAGACAGUUAUAUACAAACGUGAGUAACAAAGUUACCAUGAUGACCAAAGACAAACCGGAAGGAAGACGAGACCCGGAAGUGAUUCAAGUAGAUCCGGUUGAGCCCGGGACACCAGGUAAGAUGACAUUUCGCCUCUGUUUUAUAGGUCAUCUGCAAGCAACUUUGUACUAUCAGCAGUCUAGCCUGAGAAAACAGCCGAUUUUUCGCGACGCCACCACUGCACUGGUUUCCCCAAGAAAUGAAAGAGCACACGCAAAAUCCAUACUCACCACCCAGAUCUGCGGGCUUGUGCUUCUGACUGGACGAAGCAAGUUUUCAGCCAAUCAGGAAGCACUACUCAGAUCUGGGUAGUGACGUAUCAUCAGUAUCGAAUUUCUGCAUUCGUUCCUCAGAUGUCAUUUCUUGGGGAACGCCAAAAGUGGUGUCGGGAAACGUCGUCUCUUUUUUUCAGUCUCCUCGCCUGUUGUUGGUUAAAAAGGCGCGGGAAACGAUUGGAAAUGGAAAGAUAAGGAAAGCUUUUUGCCGCCUUGUCCCUCGUCCCAUCGCACCCUCUCCCUUCCCAGCAUCCUCGGAGACCCAGGUGCAGAUAGUAGGGGCAAGGGAAAGUCUAAUAGCGAAAAAAGGUAGAGUUUCUCCGUGCCAUUUUGUUUUUUUUUUUUUUUUUUUAUUCGUUUUGACUUUUCCUUUCUCCCCCUAUUUUCCCCUUGGUUUCCCUGGUUGCUUUUUCAGGCGCUUGCUUGUUUUGUACUUGUCCCGGUUUUUUAAGCCAUCUUAUGCAAGAGAUAGAGGUGUCUCUGUCGCCCCUUCUGUUGUUUGCCUCCCCUUCUGGUGCGGUAAUGGAGGAAGAAGGGAAGAAAAAGAAAAGAAAAGGGGAAAAGGUUGUGGUUAACAAAGGUAGCGUCCCCCCGUCCCCUUUUUUUUUUUUUUUUUUUUUUGCAUCCGUUUAGACUUUCCCUUGCUCCCACUAUCUGCCCCUGGGUCUCCGAGGAUGCUUUUCCAGGCGCUCGCUAGUAUAGACCUUGUCACGGUUUUGGAAGCCAUCUUGACGAAUUGGCAACCGAGUGAGAAAUUGCAGUGUUUGUAGUCGAAUAAUUUCCGUAAAACGGCUGUUCUGAAAAAAAAAAAAGAGAAGGUAAACUAAAGCUUCACUCCUAACGAUUCUACUAAAAAAGUUUGAAGACGUUACAUGCAGCUUCAUGGGCCAGAACCACUUUUCAAAAUUUUCUAUACAUCUUUCUGUAAAAAAAAUUUGACUCGGAAAAACGAUUUGAGAAGAUCUAAGCUUUCCUGUUCUCUUGCUUUUCCAGGGAUUUAUUAUUCCAGAGGACCGGCGAAGUCGGAAAGGCUAUACUUCCUCUGUUAAACACAGUUUCUUUUUAACAGUUCAUAAUUGCUUUCUUACAGCCACUCCAGUAAGUUUACCAGUUCCUAUUGCCUUGUAUCCACUAAACGGCAAAUACACAACUUGGGAUGUCAGCGGUAGAAGCAAUCCCAACGGCAUGGCGCGUGGAGUUCAUCUCGCUACAGGACCUGAGGGACAUCCUAACGGCUCGUACCAGUUCUCUGGUAAGAGCGACAGUUUUAUUGAAUUCCCAAACAUGGGGGCGCUUAGAGCUAGAGAAUCUAUAACCCUGCUGGCUUGGGUCUAUAUCGAGUCGGGCAAUGGACCUAUAUUCAACUACAAUCCUCUGGGAUGGGGAGUCAGCCUUUGGGUAAAUUCGAAGCGUCACCUAGCAGCAAAGUUUGUUGAACAGGACGACCAAUGUGAGACUUGCAUUGACAGCGCUCAUCCUCUAAAAACAAAGGCGUGGAAUUAUGUUGGAAUGUCGUACGAUCAAACCAGCGGAAUUGCGAGGCUGUGGGUGAACAAGCGAGUGAGCAGUCAGAGAGGCAUUGGAACCAAUAUCAAACUGUCGACUUCAAAUAACGCCAGAAUGGGCGCGCGAGCUGUGAAUGAUGGGAACUAUUUUAAUGGACGGAUAUCCCGGAUGCAAGUCUAUGACAAGGCAUUGAGUCAACGUGAGAUCGAGGCUGUCGCAGGACCAAUUGAAGGUAAAACAACUAGAUUUUCUUAGUACCAAGUAGCGCGCGCACGAACUAGCAUAAUUUCGGCGGUAAAUCGCGAUAGCCGUCGUCAUUCUUCUACGGGUUUCAGAGAAGAUGUUACAGUGGCGGAAAUAAGUGCUAUAGUGUAUUAGAUAUUUUAUCAUUUUGCGAUCAGGAGAAGGCUUAACCUCCUUCAAUAAAAAUAGGUAGUGUGUGCUAGCUUUUCUGGUGAAAAAAUAAAAUAGAAUAAAGUAAAGUGAAGCUUUCUGGGUGUCCAUUGUCUUAGAAUGCCCCAAAACUGAGUUUUAGUCAAACCUCUUCCUUCCUCCUGGUUGUCCUCGCCCUCGGAUUUUAAGGCCUCCUUUUACAGUUGAAUUUUCGAGGUUUAGAGAGAGACGAUAAUACCGUUAAUUUUGUGUAAAUAUGUUUUAAGUUUUUUAUUAUCCUGUUAUUCGUAGUUGGGGCAUGCCCACAAGGUUGGACGGGGUAUCGUUUCUCAUGUUACUUGGUAGUCAACCGGUUAACAAGGCAGUGGAAUCAAGCUAGACAGGUUUGUCAAGAACAUGGAGGAGACCUGGUUGAGAUUGGCUCUUCAGAAGAAAACCACUUUGUCUAUUCACUCGCUCGCGCCAAAGCUUCCGAUAAAAGGUAAGUUGAAGAGUUGACUUGAAAGAUAUCGUAAAGGCUCCAUCGAAUGUAGAUGAAAUCUCUCUGAGACAGAGGGGUCCUAAAAGUAGCCACCUGAAUUGCAAUAGGAGGUCCCUGGUCCUUAUUUUUCGACGGUAACUCCUAGUCCCGAGGCCUCAUUAUUGUGCGCGGCCGAUACUUUUCGGGUCAUCUGGUCCUAGCGAGUGUUUUUCCCUUUUUGAGACUCUUAGCCGUUCGUCUCGGAUACGUCACCGAAAUGCAUUGACCGAGAAGGCCUGGGAAGAAGCUGUACAGGGGCAAGGCAAAGUAACUAGAAAAAGUACACGUUAGGCUAACAAAUCUGAAGCCGACGGUGUACCCAUUUUACCAAUCUCUCCAUCAGUGCUCUAUUUUACGGGUAUUUAAAGCUACUUUAAGCUGCACGGAAAAGAAAGGAGUCAAAACAAAAAUUUGAAGUCACACCCAGUAAUCGAACUCCGAAACCUCGGGCAAAAAAAAAAACAGAUGAGUAGUCUUUGCAGCGUAGCCGAGUGGUCAGGGCGUCGGACUCGAAAUCCGGCGGUCCUGGGCUCGAAUCCCGCUCUGGCCACUUGCUGGAUUUGUUCUCGGUCGUCCCGAAUUGAAAUUCUCGGCAAAGCUUGUAAAUAGCCGACUGGUUGCCUCCUACCAGUUUGGGUUUUUAAUCCUGUUAUGUUGUAUUUGAAUUAUUCGUGUCUAGUAUUUGAGAAGAGUGCCUGUAAAUUAGCUGGAUAGGCUAAGUGCACUUUUCCAUUAUGAACAAGCUUUUUAACCUUUUUUUUUUUUUUUAACUUUUUGCUCCUUCACUUCUCUCAGUACGAGCUUGUUCAGUCUCAAACAUCGCAUCGCUGCGCAAGUUGAUCCAACGGUACCUUUUGACUAUGCAUUAUAUUAUUCUGUGAUUGACCAAGUUUGAGGUCGAGUUUGUUGACGCAGAAACGGUUUUUUACGUAAGAGAUGUGAAUCAUGAAAAUAUUGACCUAAACUCAAAACGCUUCUUUUUCAUUCUCUCAAGAUUUAUGUGGAUAGGUUUAUUACGUGGUUCUUCCGACGAGACAUUCACCUGGAUCAACGAUCACUCACCCUUAAUGUACUCCAACUGGGCGCUUGGCGAACCUAACAACGCUUACGGGCGAGGCGAGAAUUGCGGUCACAUGUACAUCUACUCAAGGGACAAGGCCAAGCAAUGGAACGAUGAAUUAUGUGUGAACCCUACAAUCGGGUCAAUGGUGUUUAUGUGUGAAAUAGAGCCUGUAGACACAAUAAGAAUGAUGGAGAUGCCAAAAACUGUGGAAAUCAGUAAUUCAGUCGACGAGGAUAGCUCUGGUGAAGACUCGGGGUCAGGAGAAUAUUCAAGUGGGUCAGGAAGCGAACACCAGUUCAGGUUGAUGAUCGAUUGAUCUGAUUGGAUAGACCCUUUGCAGCUCGCAGUCACGUGACCUUGCUUGAUGCUGAAAUUAUGGGAUACAACUUGUAACUUGAAAUAGCAGAAGUUGAAACAACACGAGAAAAUAACAACAGCAAGAAAAGCAAUUUUUAGGUGACUGGCACUUUAGAACUGAAGUAUCUUCAUAGGCGUUGGAAUGUUGGUCAAAAUAUAGCAGAAAAAAAUAUUGAACCGUGAGGGGAGUGCCGUCCGGCAAGUUUUUUCUAGUCAUUAUUAUAAUCUCCUGAAAAUCGGCGGGCUCGCUAUUUGCUUUUUGCUCUUUCAAUUUUUUGGCUUCGGGUAGCUCCUUUUCACACUAUACCGAAUAGCUUUUCGUUUGCACGAAAAACCAUCUGAUAUAGUGAGAAAACAGCCUAACACUGCCGCCGUUUUUUGUUUACAAACACCAACACUUAACAUUACUACAUACGGUAUCUCCCAGUUUUGGCUUGAGAUA